GUCACUUGGAGGCAGCAUGUUACUGGAGGAAAGCUAUUGGAGAUAACUGAGGAAGCCAAAAGUUUUGCAGUUGGAAACAAGGCUCUUGCUGCUCUUUUUGUUCAUACUACAGCAGGAGAGCUGCAGCGCCAAAUCAGAAAUUGGCUUGUGGAGAACUUUGAUUUUCUUUCUGUUAGUGAUGACACAGUUGGAGGAGCUACUGGCCAGCUGGAACUUCUUUCUACUGCAAUAAUGGACGGCUGGAUGGCUGGACUUGCACUUGAAGAUGGCAUAAUUGCACGACCACGUUCUGGUCUUCUAGAUCCUAGCAAUUCCUCUUUUAUGCAGAACGAUGCAUCAACUUAUGGAGUCGAUCAGCCAGAUUUACUUAAAGUGAAGCAUGGAGAUCAUGUUCUGUCUGCCAGUGUGCAAGAACCUUCACGCACACCAUCUUCACAGUCACCAGACUCCAGACUCUUAUCUUUGGAUAGUGAUAGGUUUGCAACAGCAGAAGCUUCAGGUUCUUCGAAACUGCCUGAUGUAGCAUCCAAGGAUCCUGCAUCAAGAGAUCGAGAAAAUGGAGACCGGUUUAAAAGUGAUGUUUCUCAGGAUGAGAUUGAACUUAGGCAGCAAAGAGGUGCCACUGCAAACAGAAUAUCCACGGAUAGGCCUCCAAAAUUUUCAGAAGGAACACCAAAUGGAGUUUCAGCCACAACAGCUGCUCAGCAAGAUAAUGUUCGACCCCUUCUUAGUUUGUUGGAGAAGGAACCCCCAUCUCGCCAUUAUUCUGGUGUAUGUUCGCCAUCUCACUGGGUUGGAGAAACAUGACAGCAUCCUUCCUCUACUUCAUGCUUCUACUAAUGAUAAGAAAACAAAUGGCUUGGAUUUCUUGAUGGCUGAGUUUGCAG